CCGCCGCCGGAGAAAUCCAUGUGUGGUGGAGAUCUCCAUGGUGGUGGGCUCCACCCUGCGCCGCGCCAGCGACGGCAGCGGGAAUGCCCUGGGCGGGGCCGCGUGCGGGGCCACCUCCUCCUCCCCCGCGCUCGUCGUCGCCGCAGCCGGGGCACGAGCGGUCGGUGGCGGCCGAGCCAUCGGUAUCGGAGAAGCCGUCCGAGCCUGUCUCCGAGCGGCGGAUUCUGUGCCUGAAUCAUGCUCCAUAUGUGGUCCCUGUCCGGCCGGUCGACGUCGCCGCCGUGGCCCGUCUCCUUUGGCAUGACGGUAGCCUUCUCGGCGCCAGCAGCGGCGGCCUUGCCGUUGCCGCCAUCGCCAGCGCCCUGCUCGACGGACUGCUGGCACGGGAGGAGCUGCUGCUCGGUGGUCUCCAACAUUGUCAGUGCCAUGUCCGUGGACGGCAGCAAGAGCGAGCAGCAGGUCUCACGUAUAUGGUAACGGAAAUAUGACGACGUGAGUUUGAGAUCAUCGUUACCUGUUAAUGGAGUUGACAUGUCCAUUUUAGAGUAUUGACUAUGCCCAACUUUUUUAUAAUAGAGAAAUCCUCGCCUGAGUCUCUAUUUCGUUGAAGCCACAUCCGUCCUCCCGCCCGCGCCUCCGUGGUCGACCUCCAGCUCGCAGUGCGCGCGGAGUCUGAUCCAGCCCACAUCUACUCCCUCGUCGCCUCCGCGCUCUCCAGCGAUGACUUCCCGCGCCUCCAUACCUCGCGCCAGCUCUUUUCUCUGGCCACUUCUCGCUUGAACCGCCUCCGCCGCCCCGACCUCGCCGCCUCGCUCCUCGACCUCCUCCUUGCCUCCGCCCCGCCCUCCCCGGGGCUCCUUGCGCGGGCGCUCUCCCUCUACCCGGGACCCGACGAUGCGCUCCGGGCCUUCUCCUCGUCUGCCCCCGCCACCCGCUCCGACGUUUCCCUCUCGGCGUUCCUCCGCGCCGGCCGACUCGAUGACAUCAAGUCCACUAUUACCCUGGCGGAGUCCUCGCACGGGGUCACGCCCGGCCGCGCUUCCCACAAUGUGCUCCUCCACGCGCUGGUCAAGAACUCUGAGCUUGCUGCUGCUCGGAUGCUGCUCGACGAAAUGGCCAACAACAAGUCGAAGCACCGCCCUGCCCCAGACAUCAUAUCUUACAACACUGUCCUCGCCGGUUGCUCUGUGCAGGACGAUGAGGAGGGGUUUGAGAAGCUUUUGAAUGAGAUCAGCUUGAACAAGCCGGAUACAGUGGUUCUCCAAGAAAGGCGAGACAGCCAAGGGGGAGGAGCUGCUUGAUGUGAUGGAAUCAAAGGAGGUAGCCCCGAAUUACCUUACCUACAAUGCUAUCAUGCAGGGGUAUUGCAAGGAGGGGAAUGUCGGCGCAGCGAUGCGUGUGUUCAAGAAGAUGAAGGU